AUGAAUCCUUUAUUCAAUUUUAAAUGGAUAUUAUUAUUAUUAUUAUUGCCUGUCAAUCAUCAUCAUGUCUAUUCUUGGUCAUUAGGAAAUAUACUACGUACAAGUAGUCAGGCAACAUUAUCAAGUUUUGAAACAGUUUGGAUUGGUGCACAAAAAGGACUGGAUGAAUGUUCAAAACAAUUUAAAUAUGAAAGAUGGCCAUGUCCAGAAUCAAUAUUAUCCGAAGUUUAUCAAAAUCAUUUACCAAUAAAUCGAGAAGUAGCAUUUGUACAGGCAAUUAUUAGUGCCGGUAUUGUGCAUACAGUAACAAAAAAUUGUAGUGAUGGUUCAUUAGAUAAUUGUAAAUGUUCACGAUCAUCAUCAUCAUCAUCAUCAUUGAUGAAUUCUGUGAUUGGAAACAAUAAUGGUAAUGAUAAUGAUAAACAAUCAAUACGUAAUGAAUUUCGUUGGGGUGGUUGUAGUGAUAAUGUUGAACUUGGUUAUCGAGUGGCUAUUGCACAUCUUGAUGAUCGUGAAACUGGACAAGAUUCAAAAGCAAAAAUUCGUCUACAUAAUCAUCGUGUUGGUAGAAUUUCAGUAAAAGAAACAAUGAUAAAAAAAUGUAAAUGUCAUGGUGUAAGUGGAUCAUGUUCAAUGCAAACCUGUUGGAUGAAAGUAAAUGAAUUUCAUGAAAUUGGUAAUUAUCUAAAAAAAGCAUAUCGUAAAGCAGUAAAAAUUGAAAAUAAUUCACCAUAUGAACAAAAUAAUCAACAAGAAGUACCAACAUGGAAAUUGAUGUAUUUACAUGAUUCACCGGAUUAUUGUAAAUCGGAUAUAAAUUCAACAUUUGGUUCAUUGACUGGUACAUUAGGACGACAUUGUUCAAUGCGUAAAGAUGAUGAUGUUACCAUUGAAGAAAGAAAAAGUUGUCGUCGUCUUUGUAAACAAUGUGGUUAUCGUAUUAAACGUGAACGUCGUAUAAUAACAACCACUUGUAAUUGUCGAUUUGAAUUCUGUUGUCAGGUACAUUGUCAACAAUGUCAACGUGAAGAAUUUACCUAUGUUUGUGCACCAUCAUUAUUAUCAUCAUCACCAACAACAACAACAACAACGAUGACAUCAUUUUAGGAAAAAUUUCAAAAACCAAAUCAAACCACCCACGCACAAAGAAAGAAAGUCGGUGUGUUUUAUGUAAAUUUCACUUUUACUUUUUACAGCGAAAAAAAAGUGAAAUUUAUUGCUUAAUUAUGACACCUGUUUUGAAUUUUGGUCC